UCUCUCUCUCUCUCUCACACACACACACACACACACACACACACUGCGGGAAUGAGUGGGCAUGCCCAUGUGUGUGUUUACGUACAGAGCGAAGAGCGUUCAGCAGCACACACAGACCCCGCGCCGCCUGCAGCUCUCCGCGCUGCGAGGAGGAUCCGUGUCCGCUCCUGAGUGAAGCAGCGAUGGAGCCCCGAGGAGGACGAUCCUGCGACAGCCCCGCUGUGUCUUCACGGAGCCAAAAUGGCGCUGCGGAGGAAGAGUAUGGGUGUUUGGACGGACCCGAUGAAGAGAGACGGGUCAAGAGCGCCUCAUGGGCCGAGAAACCCGCCGAGGAGCAGCCACGGCUCAACUACCAAAUCCCCCGGAAGAGCAGAGAAAAAGGAGCUCUGUUUCAGUCUGUGUCUACGGACUCCAGAGAGUUUUCUGACGUCCUGCAGAUCCUCUCCUCCAGCUACAAGGACUCUUCCUCCACCGGGACGUUUGUGUACUCCAAACCUCGCCUCGUCCACAGUGAACCACUGGAGAAAGAUUUCGUGGAGAAGCGAAGGGAGCUCAAGCAGGAUGGGCGCACAGAGAAAGAGCUGUCUGAGACUUUCUGCUUCCUGCUUUGUGAUGCUCAAAAGGUCUCGGUGGUGUGUGAGAGAGGACUGUCUGUUGGCAACAGCUGGAUGAGUAUGUUGGGGAAUCCAUCUAAAGGUGUUUACCUCUGUCAGUUUUCUGAUUUACUUCAAGUCAACCCGCUGGAGCCUGGAUUUACAGGAAACAUCGUCAUAUUUAAAGUUAUAAAGGGUAAAGUGAAGAGUGUACAUGACUUUAUGUCCAAAAAUAUGGAUCCUACACCUAAAUUUGACAGCCAUUUCUCCAAGAACUCGACCAGAGUGACGUCCUUACAGUCGUACAGGGCUUUCGAGUACACUCAGCAAUACUUCUAUGAGUAUGUGGAUUUUGAGGUUUCGUCCAGGCCGAGACACGUGUGUCCGUAUGCGGUGGUCUCUUUUUAUUUUAAAGGCAAAGAGGUUUCAACAGCGGCCCCCAAACCACUGCCUCCUCUCAGGUCCAACAGUCAGCCAUCAGGGACAAGCAAAGUGACAGGUAGGCGCUGUUACACGGUAUGGCGAGGGCAUUUUGUGAAUGGGGGUAAAGACAUGUACCAGGCCAGCCUUCGAUCGCUCUCUCAACCUUUUCUGCCCUACAAACUGCCAGAGAAGAUUGAGAUCGGUAAAGUCAUGAGUCUGCAGCAGGUCAAGCAGAAGAUCCCGUCUGCGCUCUUCUCCUGGAGCCUCUACACGGGCAGCCAUGAAGUGUCUAAAAGUGGCAUGUUCUGCAGUCUGUUUGACGUGGUGGAGAAAGACCGAACUUCUCCGAAGAGCUUGACAGUGUUGCUGCAGAAGCUGGAGGAAGAGGGUCUGGUUUUGGUGAAUAUGGUGAGGGACAGAGGCUUCCUCUUCUUGCUUUCUGCCAGUCAGAUGGCCAACUCAAGCGAGCGACGAGGAGGUUGGAAAAUGUCCUCUAUACAAGCUCUUUUUGUUUACUGUGAGAAGCGUGACUGGUUGAAGAGCUCAUCGAAUCCCUCUGAGAGACCUGUGUCGUCAGAGCAUCAGAGUCCCAUCAUGCCCCAGCACGACUGGUUCGUCUCCGCUCUCCACUGCGCUCUGAGCAAGGCUCGCAGCGAUCCUCCGGCUGACCUCAGCACCGCUGUAGAGCAGCAGGUUUACGACUACCUCUGCGAGGGCAAGCCCCUGCAGCACGUCCGCACCAACUACGACCCCAAACUGGACACCAGGGAGAAGCUGUUUCCUGCGCCCCGGAAGAAGACCAACUGGGAGAGCUUCGUGCGGCCCUACAUCUACCAGCCGGCCGUGUUCACCAUGCUUCUGGAGAGCGUGAAGAAGAAGGUGGAGGAGCUCCGGGUUCAGACUGAGGGAGCAGCCAUUCACAAUGACCCGGACAAAGUCCAGGAGCUGCUGAAGCUCAUCCAGAGGAACAAGAAGAGCUCGAAGGGAACAGAGGGAGAUCCAGAGCCGGCACAGGACCCCUGCAUGCUGAAGAGGAAGCUGGAUCUCGACGCUCAUGAGGGAAGCUCAAAACGCCAGAGAAAUCAGCCCAACUCAGAAUUAAGAGAAGCGGACGACAGACAGUCCUCUCCAUCUCUGGCUAGUGUUCUGAGCAGCGUCGGGCUUCAGGACACAGACCUGAGGAAGAACAAGACUCAGGGAGUUAUGAAGAUCAUGGAGAUCCUGGACAGCUUCGGAAAGCCCAGUCUUGACACGGACCUGCGCAGAGGCAAGAGGCAGGGGGCGCUGGAGGUCCUAAAAAUGAUCGACACGCUGACCAGAGGAGCCGCAGAGGCGCCUGAAGACACCGAGACGACGGACAUUUCUGACACCGCUCUGUUCGACAGCAUGUCGAGACUCGGCCUUCCCACCGACCGAGACAUCGACCUAAGGAAGAGAUUUGUGGAGGAGGAACCCGAGAAGAGCGACUGUCUGGAGAAAGAGCGUGCAAGAGACUACAUAGAGAAGACGCAUGUGAAGAGAGGAAAGAAAAAGCAUACAACAGGCUUCGUAGAGAAGACGCAGGUGAAGAGAGAAAAGGAGGAGACCGCUGGUAGUUUGAGUAGUUUAGAAGCAUUUAGCCCUUGCUCAGAUUCUGGAGGACAGCAGCGUGGUGUUAAUCUGCUCGGGGAGAAGACCAUUCCUUGGGUGCUGAUCCCCAUCACAGGUCUGAAGACAGAGAGAUAUUCCCAGAGACAGAUGGACCAUCCUGAAGACCCACGCUUCGUUCAGAGCCCAACCGUGUCUACACAGGCCACGCCGGACAUAAAGGAGCUGUCCCCUCCCUGCCAGCCAGACAGCAGCAACACGGCGGUGGAUCUGGAUGUCCCGACAGCAGCAGAGGCUGAGGAGAAAGAGCCCGUCACUCCGGCCGUGACCACAGACUGUCCUGCAGACAGCAGCGGUUUAGACCACAUAGUCGAUGAGCUUGUCUCUGGUUUCUCCAGUGAGGUCGAGCAGAUCUUGAAGGCCAGACGUAUUUGUUAUGUGGCUAGCUCCAGCACUCAGGGCUCACGGGAACCGCUCCAGACUCCAGCUGUGCCACUUUCUAAUUACGUGUCAAACUACAACACUCCGUUUCCCGUCAGCAACUACAUCAGCAAUUUCCACGACAGCCUGAUGAUGUUCAUCGACCCUCAGCACGUCAGUCGAUACCCCAGAGCUCAGGAACAUGUGACGUCUUCCUCAUCUGCUGCAGAAGUUCCUUCAGAUGUCCCCGAUACGUCCUCCAGCUUUAAUCCGUGUGCUUCCACGUCUUCCAAUAACACCUUGGAGUCAUCUCUGACACCGUGUUCCCCUUCUAGUGCCCUACCUGACCCGAAGACACAGCCUCAACAUCACUCAAGUGUGCCCGACCCUGAUCUCCAGCAGAUGUUUGCAUCAGAGCAGGACUCGGUGACCCAGAAGACGCAGGACACAAACGUCCCUCAAGAUCUUCAUGAGAUGAACGGUAGUUUGGUUGCUGAGACUGCGGGUGCUGUGGAGGGUGAAGACGGCCAGAUAGGACACGCUCAUUCUGCCAUCAGCAGUAUCAUCGAUCAGCUGCAGCCCGAGGUGAUCAGUAACCUGGUGGAGAUCAUCAAAGGAGUUCAGAAGAACAUCGUCUACUUCUACAUCCACUCCACGGAUGAGGAGGAGAGUGACGUCUGCUGGGAGAUUAAGGAAUAUUUGAAGAAGUUGGGGAACUUGGAGUGUGACCCACAUGGUUUCCUUGAGAAAAGCAGCAGUCAAGACAAACUGCUGGUCAUCAUUCAGAAUAUGGACAUCGCCGCACAGGUUCACAAGAUACCGUCUCUGAUUUCCUUGAAGAAGCAUCCGUCUGUGAGCUUUGCUGGCGUAGACAACCUGAGUGACAUCCAGAACCACACGUACAACGAGCUCUUUCAGGCCGGAGGCUUCAUCGUGUCAGACGAGCACGUCCUGAACCCAGCUGCCAUCACUGCAGAGAAACUUCAAGAUAUCCUUGAGUACAUUGAGCAGCUGAACUCUCCCCAGAGCCCCUGGAGGUGGAGGGUGCACUUCAAAUCACACAAGAAACUCCGAGAGCACAGCAGGCUCAAACCUGAUGCUCUGAAGCUGUUCGAGAUCCUCAGUGAAUAUGAGAAGAGACACAUCGUUGAGAUCCUGUCGUACCACGACUGUGACACUCCAUCACGUCAGGCGCCUGACCUCGACUGUCUAGUGGAUCUGCAAGCCAGAUUCAUCAAACAACGACACCUGAUAUUUCUGACAGGUUGCCAGUUUGAGAUGUUUCCCCAGUACUCCAGCAGUGGCAUAGUCAUUGCCAAUACUGAUGAGAUAAAGUUUAUAAUAAGCAGUUUAGCGUCUGGAGGAAAUGUGGACAGCGCUCCAUCAGCAGAGAGUUGUGGCUCUCCCGCUCCAGCGUCAUUGAGAGACGAUAGCAUGUCCUUGGACUCGGACCCUGAUUCUCCAGAUAACCCAAUCCUGGUCUCGGUCUCAGCGGAGACGCCCUGUGUUGUCCCGGACCAGCACCCGUUCUCCGAACCCUCUCUCCAAGACCAAGCCAAUUCAAUUCCUGUGAUCACAACCACCAGCCAGUCACCGAAACCAAUAGACUUCGUGGCUCUAAGUGAAGCGAUUUCCCAGUUCAAGACAUCCAGGAUGCUUUCCAAGUCAAACUCGGGCGAAACUCUCCAGACGUCUUUUGGAGUCGAUCCUCACCAGAGCUUCCUCGGCCACAGCGGUCUGUCUGACUCCUAUACUCAGUGCUCCUCAGGAAACCACAGUGUGUCCAGUACUCGGCCUGAGAUGCCAGUCAAAGCUGAAGCAGCUGGGGCUCCGCUGAGCUCUUCUUCUCCAGGCGAAGCCAGUCAUGAACUGGUCCUGUAUGGAGCAACGGCAGCUGAGAGCACCAGCAGUAUACCGAAUAUUUCCAAAGCUUGGGAGCAAUCCAGCACAAGCUCCAUGGUCACGGCUAAUGCAGGACAACCGUCCAAUGAAAGCGGCGUUUUAGAGAAAACUGCAGUGAGCAGUGCUAGUUCCUCUGAAGCAGCGGGACAGGGCUAUUAUCCAGCGCUGCGGGGCUUCACGGCGGGCCCGAGCUUCAUCUCUAACAAUGCCUCUGUUGGGCAUCCUCUUCUGAACUGCAGCGUUCCCAACAGCUCUGGAGUGGUGGGAGCUCCGGCCUACACUGGGUUCGUGCCCAAUCCUAACAUGCAGAUGUCCUGGGGCGGUGGUUUAGCGCAGGGCUCGGCACCGGGCCUCUGGGGGGCGCACUACGGUGUAGAUAUGCAGCAGAUCCAGGGGUCUCCGUUUCUCCAGACCUGGCAGGGAAACCCUUCCUUCCAAGGGAAUGCAUAUCAUCCCAACAGAGGAGGAUUCGGUGGCUGGUGAGCCAGCGGCGCGUGUAUAUAGUUUUCAAACUUGUGUUUACAAACUCCCAGACUCAGUUCGACUUUUGUAUAAAAGAGAAGUCAAACAUUUCUAGGUUUUCACUGAGUGAGCUAAAAAUGUGAUUCAUUUCAUAUUUUUCCAGAGAGCAUUAUAUUUGUAUUUUGCAUUUGCAUGUUGGUGGGGCGCAUCCUGUCGGUUCAUUUUUCUCUUUUGUGAAGAAGCUCAAGGCCUUGGUUUUAAGAUUUUUAUAAAGCUGAUUAAUAUACAUUAAACAACUUUCAAACUA